UUUAAAAAAAGUCAGCCAAAUCUUUAUUGGGAAAUGGGUCCCUAGGAAGUGAGCCUGGGGCCCUCGUUGCACAUCUUGUUCCUUAGCACUGUUCCAAGAAUUCCUUUUUUUUUUUCUUUCUUUCUUUUUUUCAGAGCUGGGGACCGAAUCCAGGGCCUUGCGCUUGCUAGGCAAGCGCUCUACCACUGAGCUAAAUCCCCAACCCCUGUUCCAAGAAUUCUUUUUUUUUUUGGGGGGGGGGUUCUUUUUUUUUCGGAGCUGGGGACCGAACCCAGGGCCUUGCACUUCCUAGGCAAGCGCUCUACCACUGAGCUAAAUCCCCAACCCCCCAAGAAUUCUUCAUCGCGUCUCGUGUUGUGGAGAACUAGAAAAGGUGUAAAUAUUGCAGGCCUUCAAAGGCAUCGUCUGCUCUGAAAGCCAGGUCCACUGUGACUGAGGGCCUGUGGCUUUGCUACCUGUUUAGUGAACCAUGUGCUCGACUCCUUGGCCUCAAUGAAGUUGGUGGUCUUCUUGUGCCGGAUCAUGAGAAACACUUCCAUCCCUGUGACUGACUGCUUCUGACUUGAUGCACCAGACCUGAGCAGUGUCAACAACAGGCAUUAAAUAUUUUAAUUGUGUGCAGUGCAGACCUGGCGCAGACGCGGUCCACGCCCAGCGAAACCGCCCAUUCGACAGCUGGGGAAGAACGAAGUGGGCACACUUGUAGGAGCUUCCCGAAGUGCUCGCCUUCCCAAAGAUUUGGGAACCUCAUGGGACUGGAAAUGAUCCUCAUUGGUCCAGGCACUGUAGAAACAAAAGAAAUGUGGGAACGGGAUACUAGCUCUGUUCUGACGGGAGGCAGGUAGCCAAUAGUUGAAGCAUUGAAUGAAAUCGUUGGAUAUAUUCUAUUGGCACUAGAGAUGCUUGCGGUACAGAAGAGAAGCCCAAGCAGUUCCCUGGUGGACCCAAGCCGCGGAUCUCAGUUCUUUGGAAAAUACGAGGUUGAGUCUCUGCCGGAAAUUGCUCAGUCCAAGGCAGCAACAAGCAGCCGGACGGAGUUUUCGCCCCGUUCCGGACUUUGCGCUCAAGUUAACGGAUUAAUUGGCAUUACAUUUCCAGGAAGGAAGGAAAAAAAGAAGUCUCUCGGUAAACGAAUUGUACGCCCUUUCGAACACGCUUCUACCCUAAAGCGGAGGAUCUAUACUUUUACAUUUCUUUCUGGUUAAAACAAAGUCAGUAUACAAGAAGACCCUGAGCGAUCGAGACUCUGAAAAUGACCCCUCCCAGGAGCCGUGGGCGUGACGUCAUCGCGGCGCGACCACAAGCAAUAAGGACCAGCUCCAAGCCAUAAGCCUCAGCUAUAAUAUAAGUCCCGCGGCAAAACUCGCUGACCCUCACUCCUUCGCCCGGCCGCGCUGCCUUCGCCUCUAACCCCCUCCUGUCGCGAUGGAAAACCUUGGAGAGUCGCCCACGGACAAAGGCGGGGAGUCAGAGGAGUCGAGGGCUACUCCUGGGAACCCGUUAGCGGCAGACACUGAGGGAAUCCCUGAGGAAACCGAUAGGGAUGGAGACGUGGACUUGAAAGAAGCCGCGGCAGAGGAAAGGGAGACCAAGAGUCAGGAUGUCUCAGGUUUGACAGCAGUUGAGAGGGAAGACUCAUUUCUUACUCCUGCAGCCAAAAAGCUGAAACUAGAAACCAAAGACAAGAAGGAGAAGAAGCAGAAGGUGGACGAAGAUGAGAUUCAGAAGAUGCAAAUCCUGGUCUCUUCUUUUUCUGAAGAGCAGCUGAACCGUUAUGAAAUGUAUCGCCGGUCAGCUUUCCCGAAGGCAGCCAUUAAAAGGCUGAUCCAGUCCAUCACUGGCACCUCUGUGUCUCAGAAUGUUGUGAUCGCCAUGUCUGGCAUUUCUAAAGUUUUUGUCGGGGAGGUGGUAGAAGAAGCCCUGGAUGUGUGUGAGAAAUGGGGAGAAAUGCCACCCCUGCAGCCCAAGCACAUGAGGGAGGCCGUGCGGAGGUUGAAGUCCAAGGGGCAAAUCCCCAGCUCAAAGCACAAGAAAAUCACCUUCUUCUAGAUCUAACAGAGACUGUUCAAGACUUUCCGUAUAGUUGGGCUUCUGUACUGAGGCUUUGUUGGUGGUGAGCCCAGGACACUUGAUGCUGACUUUAAUGUUUCUGUUACACCUACAAGGCACGUAGUGUGCCUCAGACUUGCCUUCACUCAGUCAUAGACUGUCCUCAGGCAUGUUGAAGAAUUUCACAGACUCUUGGCUAUUUUUAAGAAAAAAUACACAGGGACUGUUAGUAUCUCCUGGAGAGGGAGAUGAUUUCAGAGAAAAACAAGACAACUACAGUUUCACAUUGAAGCCUAAAGUGGCUAAGAUUCAGGUUGUUUCGAAACAAACUUUCUCAAUAAUCUGCUGUGAAGACAGUCACACCAUAAUUCGAUUCUCACCGUUAACAUUUCAGGUUGUCCUGUGUAUUUUGUGAGGGAUUAUUAAACUUUUCCAACCUGUGUGGGAAA